UUCUCACGCUGACAGCCCAACAUCGGCGUGUAAUGUGUGAUGAUGAGGCGCUGGCAUUGACAGACGGAAUAAUAGAGCCUGGUGUCAAAGUGUGGGCAGGCACACUCACACACAAGAUGGGAACAUUUCUGUUUUCCAAACUAGCUAAUUUAACCCGUAGGCAAUAGCUGGAGGAAAUACAUCUGGGACUUAUGAAGGUUGGGUGAAGAUUUAUUGUCCUUUUAAUCUCGAUUGAAGGGGGAAUACGAGAGAAGAGAUUUUAAUCACUCCUGUCGCUUUAAGGACACUUAUCAAAGCCGUAUUUAUGCGAGGAGAAAAUACGAUGAGGCACGAGCGAACUGAGCGACCAAGGACGGACCGCUCGCUGUGGAUUCGUACAAAUCCUACCCCGUUUCACCUGGAAUCGCUUCGUCACAUCGCUCGAGGAGUUUGAUUACGCCGUGGAUCGCUGUCUUUUUCGGACGGAUCGGAUCGUUUACCCACCAAAAAAUGCGCAUAAGUAGCUCGAGACUUGGGAUUCCUGCCCCUCGCGCGCAGCAGCGUUUACGGUGGAACUUGUCAUAGAGGAAUACGGCGUAGCGUUGCAACUUGUACAUCCCUGUACAGGGUUAUUGGACUUAUUAAACACGCAGAAGUAGUCCGUGUCCAGCGGGUUAUUUGACGGAUAUAUUACGGGCGCCUUUUUUUUUUUGACAGCGGACCAUGGAUUGGGUGGUGGAAAACCAGGGGCAGCAGCGGCAGCGGCAGCAGCGACAUGGUUGCUCUGCACUGUCUGCGCUAUGCAGCUAGGCUCCAACAUUUGUGUUAUUCCAAUGCAACAAAGUUGUAAAGCAAGUGGAAUGCAUGGAUUUCAACUAUUUCGCCGUUUUGCGUCUGCCUGAAUGAAUAACGCGUCGACAUAGUCCACACAUCGUGACAAAUACGUGUGGAUUUGCAUCGCUUUUUCUCGCCUGCAUGUGCUACUUGGAACAUUUUGUAUAAAUGUAGGAGAUCCGAGAGGUUUAUAGUCAAGGUCAUCCCGUGAGUUAUAUUAGUCUACAUUUGUCUAUUGUAGUAAAUAGACAUACUCACACUCACAUAAACAUACACACGCUCACAUAAACACGCACUCACAUUAAAACACGCGCGCGCGCGGACACACACACGCACACGCACACGUACACACACACACACACACACACACACACACACACACACACACACACACACACACACACACACACACACACACACACACACACACACACACACACUCACACACACGUAAUAAUAGGCUACCAGAGUCGGUGUGUUAUUUUUGGUUGACCGCACAGGGAGCUCCUCUACAUUCGGUGAUCUUACCGAGCGAUUUCUGAUUGCAACAUUUCUAAAAUGGAUGGGAAAUUGAAGCAGAGUCGGAGAUCCCGUUCCAAACGCGAGAGAAUACGUAGACGGGAGCCUGGCGGCAAAGAUGCCCACAGUCCAAACCACAAUUCGUCUUGCUCCGACAGAGAGCAAAGUCCUGGGAGAGAUGCCUCCUCCCUGCGUGGUCAAAAGACCCCACACUCCACACCCGCUGCCAGAGCCUCUCGCCCCCCUCGCAGGAAGAGACCAGAAUCCAGUUCUCAGGAAGAGGAUAUCAUUGAUGGAUUUGCUAUCACCAGUUUCAUAACCCUGGACUUGCUGGAGAAGAAGACGGGAGCGGUGAAGAUGCAGGAGAAGAAGGAGCGAUGGAAGGAGAAGAAGCCCUCCAAGAGGCAGCGAGAGGCCGAGGCGCUGGGCCUGGAGCAGGAGGAGGCGCCGGGGGCGCGGGUGGAGCAGGAGAUGGAGGUCCGGCGGGAGGUGGAGGGGGAGGAGGAGAACCUGGUGCCGGCCGCCAUGGACCCCCUGGAGAAGGGCUUCUUGGCCCACGCCCAGCGGGAGCAGGACAGGAUGAACGAGAGGCUGCUGAAGAGGACCUACUCCAAGAAGAACAAGACGAUCAAACCCCUGGCCCCCCGGCCCGUCACACUCAGCCCCGUGGAGCCCGUGCAGGCGGUGCAGGCGGUGCAGCAGGCGGUGCAGCAGGUGGUGCAGGCGGUGCAGGAGCUCAGCCGACCCAACCGGAGCAACACCAAGGAGCAGCAGCUCAGUGAGAGCUCCACUCACUCGCUGUCAGGCCGGGGCUACUCGUGUGACAGCGAGAGUGACGUCGAUGACAAGGUUUCGGAUGUAGGAUCGGAAAAGCUCUUCACCCCCACCACACCAAAAGGUGUGCCAGCGAAUGAGAUUCCGGAGCCCAAAAAGACCUGCAGCUCGGCCAAGGUCUCGGGGCUCCAACGCAGCCAGGAGCAAAGCAUCGGCCAGGUGCCCUUCUCCCCGCCGGCGCCCAGCCCCACCCCGGCCUCCGCGCCUACGGGCUCCCCUGCGCCCGCCGCCGCCGCCGCGCCCCCUCCUCCAGAGCCCCCCCGGGCCCGGCUCCCCUCGCCGCCGCCGCCGCUCAGCGUCAAGAAGAAGGAGCUGCAGCCGCAGCAGCAGCAGCAGCCGCAGCCGCCGCCGCUACAGCAGCUGCUGCGACCCCCGUCGGUCCCUUCCACCCCGCCGCUGUUGAGGGCUCCGCCCCACGGCCACGCCCUGCCUCACCCGCACUCUCACCCUCACCCUUCUCACGCCCACCCGGACUCCCGCCUGCUCCCGCCCUCGCAGCACCACGACCGGCGCCUCCUCGGACACCACCACCCGUUGCACCACCCUCUGCAGUACACCAGCCUUCAGGACAUCAGCCACAGAGGCAGUCCAGUGGGGCUCUCCAAGCACCACCUGCCCCCGUCCCCCCACCACCACCUCGGUGGGCUGCCCUCAGCCGCCCCCGCCCUGCCCCUGUCCAUAGCCAACCUCUCUACCUCGCACUAUUCCUCCUUACGGAGCCCCUCACAUCGCCAUCCGGCCAUGUUCGCAAACCCUGCCCAACUGCAACCCCCGCCAACCUUACCCACCAACAGCCUUGUCGUCCCUGGGCACCCUGCCGGCACCCCCUACCCAGAGCAUGACCUCCUGAGGCAGGAGCUGAACAACCGCUUCCUGGUUCAGAGCUCGGAGCGGGGCCGGGGGCCGCCCGCCUCUCCGCUGGCCCCCGUGUCGCUGCUGAGGGCCGAGUUUCACCAACACCAGCACAUGCACCAGCACCAACACACGCACCAGCACACCUUCACGCCCUUCCCCGCCAGUCUGCCCCAGGCGGCCGCCGUACUGGCCCCGCCCACUGCGCCACCCAUGGUGCGCGCGCAAGCCCGAAAUUUUGACAAAUACGGCCCCAAACUGGACAAUUCAUUCGUUCAUCGACAUUCAAACUUCUUCCCUUCCUACCCCCCCACCAUGCCAGGCAUGCCCCCGCUGAUCCCGCACACAGGACCCUUCAGUUCGCUGCAAGGAGCCUUCCAGCCCAAGGCAUCCAAUCCCAUUGAUGUGGGAGCCCGUCCAGGGGCAGUACCACACACACUCUUACAGAAGGAUCCCAGGAUAUCAGAUCCAUUCAGGUCGUCUGUCAGAAAACCUGGCAAGUGGUGUGCAGUGCAUGUCCAGAUCGCAUGGCAGAUCUACCACCAUCAGCAAAAGAUGAAGCAGAUGCAGCUGGACCCUCACAAACUGGACAUGAAUGGGAAGCUGGACCUCUUCAGCCGUCCCCCAGGCCAGGGGGUCUUCCCAGGGUUCCCCUACCCCCAUGACCUGGCGCGACCCAUGUUCUCACCCUCAGGCCCUGGCCACCACGCACCCUCCCCCUACGGCCCCGCCUCCCAUCCCACUGGCUUCCUGCCUCCUAGCCACAUGGCGGGUAAGUAUCCUUUCAGUCGCUCCAGUACCUUUGGUGGCCUCGGCAACCUUUCAACCAGUGCCUUCGGUGGAUUAGGCAACCCCACGCUUGGCUCCAACAGCGUAUUCGGCCCCAAGGAUGGCCCCGGCAGCCUGGGCGGCUUCGGCAGCCCGCACCACGACACCUGGAACCGGUUGCACCGAACGCCCCCCUCCUUCCCCACGCCGCCGCAGUGGCCCAAGGCCCCCGACGGCGAGCGCAGCAGCUCGGCCAACAGCCACGACCGCGAGAGGGAGCGCGAGAGGGAGAAGAGGGACUCGUCGGUCGGGAAGGAGGAGAAGGAUAAAGACAGAGAUUCUGUGGACCGCAACCGGCACUCCAACCGCUCGUCCCCCGCCUCGGCCCCCGUCAGCUACCAGAUCAGCAACCUGAUCCGCUCCACCAGCCAGAACUCCAGCGACCAGGGCCGGCACCACAGCGGCAGCGUGGACCGGGUCCGCGAGGCCGAGAAGGAGCUGCUGGAGCGCCACCGCGAGGCCUCCAUGAUGGCCGACGUCAAGGUGAAGGAGAGCCGCUCCCCGGGCAAGGACGCCAUGGAGAGACGAGCGUCGGAGGACUCCAUCAAGGCCGCCCACCGCUCCCCCUCGCCCUACUCCAAGGGCCUGAUGGGCGAGCAGGGCGUGAAGAUGAUGGGCGGCCCCCCGCCGACGUUGAAGGACGGCGAUCGCAAGGAGCCCCCGUCCAUGGACCUGCUCCACAAGGUGAAGAACGACAUGAAGAUCAAAGAGGAGCGCAAGGAGGAGCAGGAGGUGAUGGUGGUGAGCUCCGAGCCCGCCCCGCACCCGCCGCUCCAAGCGCCCCCGGUGCCCAUGUCUCAGGUGGGACACCCCCACCACCACCACCCGCCUCUCCAGCAGCAGCUCCACAUGCAGCCGCAGCGCGGCAACGAGAUGGCCGGCAUGCACGGGGUCCCCAUGGCCCACUCGCUGCCCCUCUCCAUGAGCGCCAUGCACCAGAUGGGCAGCCUCAACGUGCUGGACCGCGCCCGCAUGGCGCCCUUCAUGGGGGUCAGCCCCCUGGCGGCGGGCCGCGAGCGCCUGCCGCACCAGGCCUUCCCCUGGGACCCCCUGCGGGAGGCGUACCGCAGCCUGGACCUGCAGCGCCGCAUGGACUUCCAGCUGCGGGCCGAACAGAGCCACCGCUUCCCCAGCAUGUACGAGCAGGAGCGGGCGUACCGCGAGCGCGAGGCCCACGACUACCAGCACCACGAGCACCUGCUGGAGGUGCGGCGCGAGCACGAGAGGAUGCGGCAGCAGGCGGAGGAGCGCGAGCGCAUCCACAUGAGGGAGGAGCUGGACCGGGCCCGCCUCCACCAGCUGCACCAGUCCCCCAUGGAGGGCCACCUGCCCCACAUGGCGCCCUUCAUGCAGCACCUGGGCGGGAUGCCCUACCCCAGACUCAGCCCCUCCACGGGGCACAACGGCCUGCUCAACAGGACGCCCCCCACGGCCGCGCUCAGCGCCCCGCCGCCUCUAGUGCCCGCGGGCGGCGUCCGGCCCGCCUCGCCCAGGAGGACUACGCCCCUAACCUCCGCCACCCAGGACCCGCGGGACUACUCGCCGUCCCGCAACCCCAAAGAGGUGGAGGCCCGGUAGCUUCCUCAGGACGGGACACAGAGGACUCGGAUGCCUUUGUGAGCCUAAAUGCCUCCAGUUUGGAAUCUAAUGAUGAACCAAAACACGCUGCCUCGUCACCGGGGAACAGCAGAUUUUGGCAUCCGGGAGGAAAUGGUAUGAUUGUACAAUGUAGAAGGUGCCUAUGUGGGUCUGAUUAAGCACAUACCAAGACUCUUUUCAAUGGACUGAAUCGAAUUAUGUCGGCAGGAAAGAAACGCAAAUGAGUAUGUUUAUAGCCGACUUAAAUAUUUGAUAAUUAUUAAUAUAUUAAUCUGAUACCUUUUUUUCGGCUAUGUGCGAAAAGAGAGGUCCUCACAUGGGUUUGUACAUUUUCCUAUCCUUGUUCCAUGUAUAGGUAUCACUUUGAUGACAUGUAUGUAAUUUGUGCUCCAGUGACUCCAGUUUUGUUUGUUUUUCCUUGAUAUUUAUCCCAGUUGAUGGUGAGACAUAUCUAUUAUGGCCCACGGAAAGGACUGGAUGUUUUUUGUUUGCGCCUUCUCAACAGUAAUUUAACCUUGUGCUACCAAGAUAUCCUCAACAAUGCCAAUGUACACUGUUACAUUAGCGAUUUGUUUCCUUGAUUCGUUUUGCCUUCGAGGUAUGCAGAUGCAGAUAUAUUAUGAGGUCAAGGUUCAGUCUCUGCUAAGGCAAACUUGUGUAAAUAACUUGUUGAUAUCUCCUCGCUGCAAAAAUGGCCAUGUAAAUUGAUCAGCCUUUUUAAAAAUGUUUCUAGAAAAAGAAAACUCAAAUCAAACGUUUCCCUGUUGAAAGCCAUGGUACAAUGGAGAAGCCUGGUCGUUGUCAUGGAAACAUGGUGAUGGAGAGUCCUACAGGGGCCUGGAAGGAUCAUCUGCAAUCUAUGCAAAGCGACGCAAGGCAUCUCGAGGGUGGAAGAACCUGGAUAUUACGAUGAUGUUGGUGACAAUUAAAGGAUCUGCAUCAACUUUGAUUUUUAUUUGCCAUUGGAAAUACAUGGAGUUAUACACCGAGGAGAUUUCCAAGUCACAAAGUGGACCAGGAGCGCAAAGCCUCAAGCAGAACGGAAGAACACUUUGAGUGGGCCGCAAUAGGACUUUCUCUGUCAACCUUGUGGUGUUGUGCAGUUGUUUUUCUUAGACUCUUGUAUACAAAACCAGUAGAGUUUUAGGCGUGCAAAAAUGAAAAAUGAACAUUCAUGGUUUAAAAAUGUAAGGAAUAAAGUUUGGACCUAAUGUCUGA